GCAGACUCAGCCAAAUGAAUUGCCCCUUGAAAGAAAAACGCUCUGUUAGAAAAUAAAAUAAAGGUUUUUUUUGCAUGCAAAAUUGUGGGUUAAAAAGUGCAAAAACAAGGUGAAAAGUGCGUGGGGAUUGUGGCAAAAGUAUCAAAGAGUGCGUUUUUAAUGGUGGUACGGGGCAAUGUCGGCGUCAAUUGGGGUAAAUUUGCGCGUAACCGGACACUGCAGUCAGGGCGGUCGAAAAUAUAUGGAAGAUUUCUUUUCCGUGGCGUACCAACAAAGUGAAGAUGAAAAAGAUCUCGAGUACGCCUUCUUUGGCAUCUACGACGGCCAUGGGGGCUCCGAGGCAGCCACCUACGCCAAGGAGCACCUCAUGAAUGAGAUUGUGAACCAAAAAUUGUUUUGGUCAGAAAACGAUUUGGACAUUUUGAAAGCCAUCCGGGAAGGUUAUCAUGCCACACACAACAAGAUGUGGCGUGAACAAGAAAAGUGGCCCAAGACACCAACGGGAUUACCCAGCACAGCAGGAACCACGGCGAGUGUUGCCUUCAUCCGUCAUGGAAAGAUUUAUAUUGGACAUGUUGGAGAUUCCGGAAUCGUUCUUGGAUAUCAGGAUGAAUGUCAACCACAGUGGAGGGCAAGACAACUCACUCAGGAACACAAACCCGAGAGCAAUGUGGAAAAGACGAGAAUUAUGAAUUCUGGCGGGAAGGUGGUAACGAAAUCGGGAGUCCCACGUGUGGUGUGGACCCGUCCACGAUUGGGGCACAAGGGACCCGUGCGGAGGAGUACGCCAAUUGAUGAAAUACCCUUUUUAGCCGUUGCCAGGAGUUUAGGUGAUUUAUGGAGCUACAAUUCGGAACUCAAUGAGUUUGUCGUGAGCCCGGAUCCGGAUGUGCGGGUAAUCCCGAUCGAUCCAAAGAAGUUCCGUUGCUUAAUCUUCGGCACAGACGGCUUAUGGAAUGUCCUGUCGGCAAGUGCAGCCGUGGAGGUUGUUCACAAUGCUGAGGUGAUCAAUGAGCGCAACAUGUUCUCCAAUUCCCCAAAGAACUGGAUAAAUCCCAGCAAGUAUCUCGUGGAUAAGGCCCUCGAGAGGUGGAGUAAUACGAAAAUGCGGGCAGACAAUACGUCUGUUGUUACUAUAAUGCUCGACCCACCGGGUCCACCGAAAAGAGACCUCAUACGAUCUUCAUGUCCAACUGGAGCUCAUAUUUUGGACCAUGUGCUGUACAUUCAGAAUGCCGGUGAGAAAAUUGGCUUUGGUCGGUGUCAUGGGGAGAAUGAGGGAUCAGCACCACUUCCGAUUCUUGCCCAACUUCGUCCACCAGAUCCGUAUGGGCCGUCAACGAGCUAUGACGUACACAACCUCCAGCAGAGCCACGAUAUGGCCACAUCCUCCUCUACGGGCACAUCGUACAUGAGUAGUGGCUUCGUGGAGUCGUACAGUAGUCUGCUGGAAGAUCAUGAGGCACCGUACCACCAUGAAGCGUACACAAAUGUCCUUCAGACACCCAUGGAGAUGCUGCAGCAUCAGCAGUCUACGUCGCAGUUCACCCCAUGCGAGGAAACCUACUCACUUACAAAGCUCGAAACGCGCACAGAGCAACUAACAUCAAUGGCAGCUGCUAUGUCUGGAAGCGGAAGGGAUCACCUCAUGGCAAUUGACGCAUUUCACGAUUAUGCGGGCUUUGGGCCAUCAACGUCACAGGGUGGGCAUGAUGUACACCAAGAGGGUGGCAGUGGACCAACAACUGAGGAAAUUCUCGCCUAUUGCCGUCGAAUGGCUGAGAAGAAUGCCCAAAUGGAUGCAACGGAACGCUACUUUGCCACUUCCGUGUCAUCCCCGAGUAAUUCGAGCACCUCGUCGGAAGUUUCCACAGAUUCCCCCAAGGUGAGUACAUUGGGGGUUGCUCCAUCACUGGAUGAUUCAGUCCAAAUUCACGAGAUCUCAUCGAGCAAUCAAGUUCCCGGUGAUGCAAAAGCCGGGGCGAGUGCUCAAGGGAAGGAGGUGUCCCACCAAAUGAAGGAGGAUUUCAAGAAAGGUGGCAAGGAUGAUGAUUGUGAUAUGGCUAUGCGGGAUGAGGGUGCUGAUGCUGCAAAUGUGCCAAGGAGGACUGUACGGAGAAUACAGCGUCCCAUCACGAGACUGGGUGUCGUAACGAGAUCUCAGGAUGCCAAGUCACCUGCUGGCAAGGUAAAACAAAAAGAGAAUACCAAAGCGAGGGGUACAGUGGGGGCCUGCAGACUCCGUAGUGGCAAAAUUGUUUGCACAGGAGUUGGUGCGAGAUUGAGGAAUGUUCAGGCAAGAGGAGCAGCAAAUCGCCUAAGGAUCCUGGCAGUUCACUAAAAGUCCAAAAAAAAAAAAUCAUCGAAUUGUCGCACAUUUAGCUCUUCGCCACCAAUAGUUUCAUUUUAUUCCUCAACACAAAAGAAGAAGAAAAAAACUUACCGCCCCCGCGGCUGAGGAGACAAAAUCACAGUUUUAACAUGAUAAAAUGGAAAAAUUCGUACAAAAACAAUCUGUGGAUCCGUAGGGUAGUAGAGAUAUAUACAUACAAGAGAAACACAUUUUCAGAUAAACAUAGUUUUAAAAAAAGAAAAUUAAUGAGAAAGAAAAAGUUUACAGAGAUUUAUCGUGAGAAAAAAAUUGUAAAAUAAUAUUUAAGUCAUCAAAGUGCCUCCUUUUACUGUAAGAAAGUUACCACGUUUUUUCUGGGAGGAAUUGCACACGCUGUUAGGCCACGCUAAGCUCAUUUUUGACCACAUGAUUUUAUGUUUAAAUUCUUUUUAAUUCAUUUUACUGCACCAUUUACUGGCUUGAUUACAUUUUGAGAAGAUUUUCUUUUCUCCCAACAGAAAGUAUCGUAGAAACGAUUUUUUAUUGCAUAGAAUUGGGAAUUUUAUUUCACAAAACUUUAAAAAAAAUUAAUUGGAGGUGAUUUUAUUCCAAAAUUGUAAAUACAUAUAUGAUUUUUUUGUAGAAACUCAAUUUAUGAACUUUUUUUUUAAAAAUUAUUUAUAUCUUAAUUUUAUGAAUCAUCUAAUGGCGUGAACAAUCUUCUGUGUAAUAUUUACAUAAGAUAAACAAUUUGUCAAAAAUACAAAAAAAAUGUUAAUAAGUCGAGAAAAUAAAUAAAUAAUAUAUUAGUUAUAUACGAUGGUA